UCCAGCUCAGCCAGCACGGAGAGUGGGCUACGGGACUGCUGCUAAAGCCCACCAGCGGAAAAGCUCCUGCUUACCACCCUUUUUUUCCUACAAUGACAGCAGAAAACUGAGGAGUAGAUCCGUCUGAGAUCGUCUGUUUUCAGAUACAAGAAGAAUGGAUCCAGUAACAAAGUGGACACCGAGUCAGGUUGUGGACUGGAUGAGAGGACUGGACGAUAGUCUCCAGCAAUACAUCCCGAACUUUGAGAAGGAGAAGAUAGACGGUGAGCAGCUGCUGAAGAUUUCUCACCAAGACCUGGAGGAGCUGGCUGUGAGCCGCAUCGGGCAUCAGGAGCUCAUCCUGGAGGCUGUAGACCUGCUCUGUGCCUUGAAUUAUGGGGUGGAGACUGAUAACCUGAAGACCUUGGUUGGCCGGAUGAGAGCAGCAUCUUAUAACCUACAUAACUGCACUUCAGAGAGAAGGAAAAACCCCUCAUAUGAUAGCAGCAGUUCCAGCAAACCACCCAAUGAGUUCCUCACAGCAGUGGUGGAGCUUAUAGGAGCAGCAAAGAGCAUGCUGGCCUGGCUGGACAGGACUCCUCUGACAGGCAUCACUGACUUCACCUCCACCAAGAACAGGAUCAUUCAGCUGUGUCUGGAGCUCACCACUACUGUACAGAAGGACUGCACUGUGUAUGAAAUGGAGGAGAAGAUAUUGGAAGUGGCUCAGGUUUUGACUGAGAUCUGUGAUACGACCGUGAGGAUGACCUCUGACCCCUUGAAGACUCGCACGGCCUGUCUGGAGGAGGUCCAUAUCACUAACAUCAGGCCAGGAGAGGGAUUAGGCAUGUACAUUAAGUCCACAUACGAUGGUCUACAUGUUAUAACUGGAACCACAGAACAUUCUCCAGCAGACAGGACUCAGCGGAUCCAUGCAGGAGACGAGGUGGUUCAGGUCAACAGGCAGACAGUGGUGGGCUGGCAGCUGAAGAGCCUUGUGGCCAAACUGAGGGAGGAUCCUCGGGGUGUUGUUCUGAUUUUGAAGAAGAGGCCCUCGGGAACCUGCAGCUUCACCCCCGCUCCACUGAAGAACCUGCGCUGGAAGCCCCUUGCUGGGCAGAACAGCCCUCAUGUUCCUCCUGCCCAGUCAUCCCAGUCUGUGGUGGAGAGCUGUGCUAUAAAAGAAAAGCCGGCGAUUUUGGACCUGUAUAUUCCCCCUCCCCCAGCUGUGCCUUAUGCUCCACGAGAUGUGAAGUCCAGUGCAUGUUCUAGAGUGAAGAUGAGGACCAAAGGUCCUGAGUCACCCAACUCGUCUCUGGACCGUGCAGGCAGACGGCGCUCUAACCUCACCGACUACACCAUCAAUCAGCCAGCUAUCAGCAUCUCCCCAGCGGAAGUUAUAAUCCCACAGGCCAGACUUCGGCAGCGCACGCCCUCUAGAGGAAAGCCACGGCCCGUGUCGAUGCCGGCGGACGUCUGUCUGGGCAUGUCCCACUCGCCCUGUCCGCCCUGGGCACUUGGAAGGAAAGGUGAAGACGUUUUGCGCAGGUACCUGAGUAACGAGCGAAUCCCCACUAUCUCGGAAGAGUCCCCUUGUUACCCCGUCCCGUACAGACCCCCAGGUGAACGGCUGGUCCGAGGGGUUGAUCACAUCCGGGGCAGUCAGUGCUUUAUCAAUGCUGACUUGCACAACAGUGCUACCAUCCCCUACCAGGAGGCAGUGGCCAGAAAAAAUUCAACAGCAAAGGCCUCCAAACGUCCACCCUCAGAACCCUCUCUAUUCAGCAGCUGGCUAGCUAAACUCAAACUCUUCACACACUGAUCACUACUGUGGAUACACACUGCAAAAAUGAUAUUUUGGCAAAUGAAAACAUCUUAACGUAUUAGUUUGAUCAAACAUACCAGGGUUCUUCGAUUCCACUUCCACUGACCUGAUGAUUAAAGAUGAAUUUACCCAAUUUGUCAAAAUGUCAGCAUAAUUCAGUCAUUGUGAAGUGGUUCAUUGUAGAGAAACUUACACACUCAGAGUUCUUUACAGUGGUGGUGAUAGGAACCAAGGGUCACUAUGUCUACAACACAAAUAUAGCCAUUUUAUUCACUAUCCAAACCAGUGAGUGAAGACAGGAAAUUGUUAUAUGUAAUGUUGAUGAUAGUAAGAUUGAAAUAAAUCUGAAAAAACAUGUUUUCUUUGGGGACUAAAGUUUUAGGCCAAGACUUUUUCAAAACUAUUGUGAAACAUUGUCUUGGACAUCAGGCAGCAUAUUUGUGACAUUUUAUGUGAGGGAGCUUUUAAUUCAAUGAAACUUCUCUUUAAUUAUUAAACUCUUCAGAUGUCUGGUUCCUGUCACCACUACUGGGAGCAAUUCUGAACUUCUGAGUUUCACUGAAUGACUUUCUUUAUAUGUUAACUAUUUAGUUAUUGAAGUGAAGCAUGGCUAUGGCUGUUAUGAAGUAUCAGGACAUAACUGUUUGCAAAUGGCACCCUAUAGUGGAGAAUCUACAGCCUGCUAAACGUGAGUGAGUGAGUGAGUGAGUGAGUGAGUGAGUGAGUGAGUGAGUGAUUGAGUGAGUGAGUGAGUGAGUGAGUGAGUGAGUGAGUGAGUGGCAAAAAGGACCUAUAAAAUAAGUAUCCCUUUACAUAAAUAAAAAUGUCUAGAAAUAUUUGGAUUUAGUGCCUGAUAUGCCUGAAGGAAUAUCAUAAUGAGAAUUCAUUUAAAAUGCAUUCACUUAUCAAGAUAACACUUUUUGCAAUGUGAGUGUGUGCCGCUACGUCUUGUGCCUUUGCUCAACCAUUAUACAGAGUGGCUGCCAUCUAUGCUCAGUAUUAUUAUUAUUAUUAUUAUUAUUAAAGAGCUUUGAAAACUCACAGUGGCAUUGGCUCUGAGAGUAAUUCUUCAUGCCAUGUGCUCUGCAAAACAGCACCUUAAAUGUAGAAAUAUAAAAUAUAUCUAAAUGAUAUUUAUAUAUAAAUGACAGGUUUUACCUAUUGUAAGGGAUUCUAUAAAGUAAAACAGUCCUACUGAAGACCCAGAUCACUUUAUUUACUUCAAGCAGUCAGACAAGCCAAAUUAUUUGCCAUUGCGGUAAAAUAAUUUCACUUAAAUGCUUAAAUGCUCAUCUAGAAAACUGUUUACAACUAUUGAUCUGAGGAAUAAAACCUAAAAAGUAAAUACAAAUAGACAUAUGUACAGGAAAAGUAAGAAGUUUUUAAAAGAUAUUCAUUUGUUGUUUAGAAACCUCAGGUUUUGUUUUCGUUCUAAUGUCAGUGUUAUUUUUGGAAUUUAUAUCCAGCAGAUGCUCUUACCCAGAGCCAUCAUGUUACAGAGGCAGGUGUGUGUAGAGUUUGGAGUCUUACAAGUGCUGUGUUGAGUUAAAACCUGCUGGGUGGAGGGCAGCUGUAGUAUCCAAUACUCUUCACCAACUUACAUACUUUUUUCUCAGACAGCCUAAGACUCUGUUCACAAAGACGCUUGUGCCAUUCAUUCCAAGACCUGCCAUUCAUUUUAAGGAGAGCAGUGCAUUAACAGUGCAUUAACAGACAACCUCACAGCAAGAAGGGCCUGGGUUUGAUUCCCGGCUGGGUGCCAGGGUACUUUCUGUGUGGAGUUUGCAUUAUUCAUUUAUCAUGAAAAUCUAUAAAAUUUAAAAAGUAACCUUUUGGACUGAAAAUGCAAAGGUACAAUAAGAAAAUUCGAGUCUGCAGCCAAACCAAAUUUUGAUUCUGUUGUAAUAAGGUGGUCGGUAUUGGGCAUAAAUGGGCAACACAAAAUGGAAGAGAGAGAAAUGACUGCUGCUCACAUCCCAGGCUGUAAAAAUCCAGCUCUGAAGGUUCAGUACGACAGCAACUGGUUAACAAGAUUAAAACUAAUCCAUUGUUUUUUGGUUCAUUCUAUGAAAAAAAGCAGAUUCUCACAAAGAAGCUUCCAUGUUUGCAGGAGUUUCCCGCUCACAUCGAUCUCCACCCACAAACACACCCACAACAAACCAGUAACCCACAUUUCUGUGCUUUUUGUUUGUUUUUCUUCAUUAAAACACCUGGUCCUUGUGAAUGCACCCUAAGACUAUUGCACACUACUAUAUGUUGAGUAACGUUAUGAUAUUCUUACAGAAAUCCCGUUAAGAGAAACAUGAUAUAUUGUCUAUACAGUUGUAUGUAAAAGUUUAGGCGCCCCUGCUCAAAUGACAUGCAUCGUUGAUUUUCUAGGUGAAAAUAAGUGAACACAUCCUCUACAGAGAACACAGAACUGCACAUUUUACUUCACAGUUACUGUUUAUUUACAGAACUGUGCAAAAGUCGUGGUACUUUUUUAUGUUGUGCUUAGUUUUUUUUUAUAAAUAUGCACUAAAAUUGGCAGAAAAUGGCAUAUUUAAGUCUGUUCCCCAUAGAGGAUGUGCCAGCUUGUUGUUAUGUCAUGUAACUUUUGCAUACCACCAUAUUUAAGAUGCAUGCUUUUGCCAAGACAGCAUUUUUGCAGUGUGUGCAAUUUGCGUUGUUACAGACACGCUUACAAAAAGCCUGUUCAGUACAGAGGAACUCACAGGGGAGUUAAUAUUAUUGCUGUGUCUUUUUAUAGAAAUAGAAAGAUUCUGAAUCGGGUCAAAAUCAUUUCCGCUCAUAUCUGUGUGUGUGCUGUGUCAUUUGUACUUGGUAAUAAGUUAUUUCAUCUGUGUAUUUGUUUUCUAUACUGGUUCAGUCACUUGGUUCAGUUUCCCAACAGGAAUGACUUUACUGUGUUUUUGGAUACGUUUCUUUAUUAUGUACCUCGUUUCUGAGAAAUCUUGCCACUGGGGUUGAACAUAAGGCUAUAAGCUAUGCAGAACAUGUCGUGUUCACAGCAUGAGAGGAGCAUGUCUAUAAACGUGAGAAUGCGUGUGUAUUUGUAAAAUGUAAAAUAUUUUAUAUAGUUACUGAGUUGACUUUUAAUGUGGCUGCUGUGCCUUCUUCUUCCUUUCAUAGUUUUUCUCCUAUGGAAACUAUAAUAAAAACGGGUUUAGCACAAAUAACACAAUGUUAGCGUUAAUAUUAAAUAUGCAAUAAACGUUUUAACCUGAAACGUGAUCAAACAAUGGGCUUCACUCUCAGAGCAUCAUUACCAGAGUAAUAUAUGUCAUUGCUUCUGUUAACAGUGGGAUCAACACCCACGCUGCAGUACGUCUAUGCAAUAAAACUAAUACAGCAAAUCUGCCGUUAUGGUGGAUUCGUUCAUGUGUUCUUAUUGUUCACAAAUCAUGUCAAUAAAGAAUAAAUGUCAUUUCUCAAGCCCAACUGAA